AUGCGUACACGAAGUUUCUCAAUGGGUUUUCAUUCAUUUUUCCGUAACCUACACAAAAAACGCAAAGUCAGAAAGGAUCGGCGGUUAAAUAAACCGCAGAAACAGCAGCAGCAACAGGAAGAUCAGCGUUAUCAGCAACAGCAGCAAGAGCAAGAUCAUCAUUAUAAACAACAGCAGCAACAGGAAGAUCAGCUUAAUCAGCAACAACAGCAAAUGCCAAAUUUGUCUUCUGAUGCAUAUAACUAUCCCUACCCACCAUUUCACAAACCGCGAGCAGUUCUUGCAGUCUACGAUUUCGAAGCCCUACAAUUUAAUGAGUGCAGCUUUAUCAAAGACGACAUUCUUAUCGUUUCCGACACCUCAAAUGAAUGGUGGCAGGCAACCAAUGUGCGAGCAAAAAAGGAGGGCCUUAUUCCUUCUAACUAUGUUUUAUCUGAUUUGUCUCAAUCAAUUGUUCUUGGGGCCUUCUUUGACGUUGAUCGUGCUGAAGCAGAAUACAAACUUCUCGUACCCGGAGUGCAAUUCGGAACCUAUAUUCUUCGGCCCUGCAUGGAAACUAACAUUCCUUACUCCCUUUCUGUCCGAGCUAAAGGAGUCGCGGUUAAACAUUUUCGCGUCUAUUUCGACGAAGCAGCAAGACAGUUUUAUCUUUCUGCGACUAUGCGGUUUUCAUCUCUUGAACAAAUGUUUACGUACUACCAGUCAAACACCAUCGAUGGUGAGGUGGGUUUGAUGGAACCGCGUUCACAUCGAGUGGUGGUGCCGAUGGAUUUGGGCGAAUGUGAAAUCAACUACGCAUACCUGACACUGGAACAGGAACUGGGAAGAGGCAACUUCGGCGCCGUCUACAAGGGUCGUAUUGGCAAUAUGCCGGUGGCAGUAAAGAAGAGCCUUAGUGAAAAUAGUGACAAAGCCUUCCUUGAGGAGGUGAAGGUGAUGCACAUACUAGCUCAUCAACGCAUCGUGCGCUUCCUUGGCUUCUGUCAUUCAGAGCCCGACAGGAGAAUCCUUAUCGUCACAGAGUUUAUGGCCAACGGCUCUCUUCUCGACUACCUUCAUAAGCCCGAAGGACGCUCUCUUCAAUACAGUCACCUCAUCAGUAUCAUUGAUCAGGUCGUAAAGGCAAUGGUGUAUCUAGAAAAAAUCAAAGUAGUUCACAGAGAUCUACGAGCCGCGAAUGUCCUCGUUCACGAGGACCGAUCUGUGAAGGUUGCCGACUUCGGAUUGACUUUAAUAAGUGGAGUCGAUCAGACCAAUGUCGCGGAUGCCUUCCCCGUUCGCUGGACUGCACCGGAAGUUUUGAUCCACCGUCUCAGACCGACUACAAAAUCCGACGUAUGGUCCUUCGGAAUUUUGAUGUUUGAAGUACUAACCUAUGGACAAACGCCUUAUAAGGAAUAUACGUGUGAACAGGUGCGUGAGCUAAUUAAAAGAGGAGAUCGGCUUGUAUCACCAUGCCAAUACGGACAUAGGUGCGAUGUGGAAGUAUAUAACAUAAUGGAAUCCUGUUGGAACAGACAACCAGAGAAAAGACCAACGUUCCGAGAAAUAAGUCAAAAAAUUGAGGGAAAUAUAAGAAAAAGAGAAGGAGUGUACUGCGCCACAUGGGAAAAUAAUUCAGAAAACUAA